UCGAUGGCAACGCUCCGCCAGCGCGCGCACCAGGAGAGGGACCGAUGGAAGCACGAGUCUGCCGACGCUAGCCGCCGCCUCCGACCGCUUCCUUUCGAAAUUGUGCAGAACGAAGACAAUCAUAUCGUAUUGGAUCGCAUCCUGCAUGAACUCACGCCCAUAUUGCCCGCAAUGGCACCCAAGAAACUCGUCGCGAUUGGAAUCAACGCCGUGACUCGUUUCCUCGAACGCCACCAAGCGUGUGUCGUGGUCCUCGCCAUGAACGCAUCGGUGCAGUCUGCUGCGUGGCACAUCAUGUCCAUGGCAAACACGUUCGCCGUUCCGAUCAUCGUGCUGGACACGACGUCUCAGGCACUUGGCACCGCCGUCGGUCUCAAAUCUGCAUCCGCGGUGGCACUCGCCGCCGCCCCCACGGACACUGACGAUGGUGAACAAGGCCACAAGAUUGACUCAAAUGUACUGAAACAGUAUGUAUCCAUCACUGCUUAUCUCCAAUCGAAGCAGUCGGCUGCACUACCUAGCUCCGACACGCCAUCGACCGACCACGAUCUCUAACUAAAUACCAGCGUUUUUUAUACAUCA